GGUAUUUAUUAAGUUCUUUAUUUUAUUACAACCACACAAAGGAGUGCAACCCAACGAAUUCCAUUAGCAAACAGGUAUUUCGAGUUGUAAAUAAAAGUGUAUACAAACUAAAGUCCAGACUUAAACACCAUUUCUGAACUGGUCCAAACUUGCAAUCAUGACAGCGUAGUCAAUAGCUUUUAUACCAUGGUAAGAUCAAUAAUUGUGUAUUUAAAACUCGUUUGCUUAUGCGUUUAGUUUUAUCUUACUUUUGGUGUAUACUAUCAUAAACAAUUUUUUUCAAUAUAAAAAACUUAAUUGCUCUAUCAUUUUACUCACUGCGUGUUUAUAUAUUAUUGUUAAUUGUUAUUUUCUCCAUCUUAGGACUCAUAUUCAUUUACACCUCAACAAUUAUCUACUUAUCAUUAAUAUUCGAAAUUGCUUUUAAAUUAGACGCACAUACAUGAGAAAUGGUACAGGUUUUUAUUAGCUAGAAAAGCUACAGAAAUUUUUAUUUUUGCGACACAUAUCACAAAUUCACCCUAGGUUUAAGAAUGUUGCUGUUGUUUUUGUUGGGAUUUUUUCCCGGUGUACUUUUUUCAUCAGCUUCAAGUGAAGAUAAUUUGCCAAAAUGUUGCCAAUGCAACUCAGUUUGCAGCAACCCCAAUUUCGGAGUGUUAAUGUUCAAACCCAGAAGUCUCUGCAACUAUACAAUCCCUACAACAUCUCGGCUGCAAACGAGGUUUUACAAAAUUAGCUCGACACAAGGCGACCAAAUUACAUUGUAUUACCCAACGGCAAUGGCUAAAAUGGAGUCGUGGAGGGCACCCGACUCGAGUGCUGUCGGUCCAGCUGUUGAAUCAUUCGGAAAUAACGAGUUUGUUGUCAUCGAAAUCACAAAAGGAAACCUCGGCGCUGAAUUCGUUGUUGAAUAUUAUAGCGACAAAAACUUGCAAAAGAACGAAGACUUUCUGCUAAAAUCAUGUGAAGCAACUAGUUAUGGCAAAAUUUAUGGAAGUAUAAAUAUCACCAAUCCUCAAUACGACAACUUUUUUUUGAUGCAAUUAACUGAUCACCAAUCAACUCUUUACUCCGAGUACGAACAAGGCGUGAAAUCCUAUUUUGAUGAACUAUUUGCCCAAAGUACUAGCUUAAGUGGUUAUCAUAACUUGAUGGUAUUUUCAUUCUCGCCUGGUCUUUUUGUUAAUUUUGCCCUCGAAAUAAUAGACGAUAUCAAUUUUGGCGCCGAAAGUUUUCGGAAACUUUUGACAUCGGGGGUAAAAAAACCGACAGCCGGGCCAAACUUUAUAGUGGAUGCUGCAAGUUUACAGCUGAAUUCUGAAGAGGAAUGCUUCGAAAUUACAUUCACUGAAGACGAAUAUUUUGAUCUUUCUGAGACAACAUUUUCUUCAGCUAUUUCGUUCGCGGUUUCCGAUUAUUGCAAGUUUCUAAGAAUUUGUUCUGCGGACCAAAAUGUAGAAACCAGUCGCUAUGCAAGCGCUGAAUACGCGAUUGAAGAGCUUAAGUUCAAAUUCUGCUUUAAUUCACUCUUGGUAUCGCGACAAAUUAUCGAAGCAGUUCUUAACGAACGAUUCCAAAUAGCGUCACAGUUAGGAAGUUUCGAAUUUGACUACAAAGUUAUUGCCGACAGCGAAAACCAAGUGAUUAUUCAAGAAAAAGAUGAAAAAUUCACUUUCUUGGAUUUGAUAUGGGUCUCAAUAAUUGUUAUUUUGACAAUUUUGCUGAUUUGUGUCAUUUUUGUAGCAGUUUGGUAUUAUUGUCAGUAUAAACACGCUCAAAAACAUUUCAAUAUGUUGAGCCAAGAAGACGAUGAGUUGGCAAUGAAGCCGCCCGAACAAGUCGAGUUGCGGAAAAACUCAAACAAAAUGCACCAAGAUGCGGUUCGAGCCUCGGGCAUAUCGUUCGUUCUGAAAACAGGUCCACGACAAACUUUUCUACGACCCGAGUCGCAAAUAAGCAUGGGUCCAAACGACCUCCCUCCUCAUAAAAGCAUGCCCGACUUAACCUACGAGCCUCAUCAUUCAACCGGGACAAAUAAUUUCCAGAAACGACCAGCGGGUCAUGUUUACACACGGGGUAAGCCCUCGGGUAAAAACGAGAACAAUCCGAGCUCAAAUCAAUCGUCUAGUUUGUACUCUCGGACGCCGAGUGAUACGAACCGAGCACCGACAGACAGAUACUCGCAACUGAACCAUGAGUAUGACCCGCUCAAUUACGAGUACCUGAAUUCUAACCCGAACAAGUCAUCCACAAUGCCCAAGUCCCACUCUGCCUUGCCAGUCCAGACAAACCAGCCUCCGGACAACAGAGACUCCAGGAUGAAUUCAGGAACCGAACAUGAAAAUUACUUGUAACAUAUUAAAAAUUUCUAACUAUUAUAUUUUUUAAACAAAAAAAUAAUCUUUAUUUCAU